AUGGCCAUCCUUGCGCCAUUCUUCUCCUCUUUUGAGAGUCUCGUACUCAGUAUAACAGCCAUCCACAUAGUCCUCACCAUUUUGUGGAACUGGAUAUGUCGACCCGCUACUCCUACACCUGAAGAGCUCAUACGAUCAAGACGCGAAAAUCAUACCGGUCGAUCAGCCGUUAGCAAAGUUGUUGAAGCUACUCCCCGGGCAGCCGCUGGCAAGCACACUUACCAUAGGCCUUGUCACAGCUGGUGGUGGUAUGCCAAGGCCGUAUGGCCAGCCCGUGGUGACCGUCUUCGCCGUAAGCCUCGUCGCAAAUGGUGGUGGUACAUUCUGGCCCUGUGGCCGGCUCGUGAUGACCCAAAUCGGUGGUUCAUUCUAACCACGGCCUUGUCCAUUAGUGUACUUACUUUCAUAUUCUUCUUGCGAGAGAUAUUUCCGGACAUUUAUCAGGGCCGUGUUCAAUUCUUUACGAUUCUCUCGUUCCUGGCACUCGAAGUCGGACGCGCUGCUUACUUCUACCAUCUCUUGAAAGACUGCUCUGUUCUGAUUCAGGAAGUAUGCAUUGGUCUCAUGGGGCAUGUCGCUGGUGGUUUCUGCCGCCUCGGCAGUCUAUUCGCCGUUCCCCCGACAAAACAUUGA